GUUCUUAGCCUCGCGCAUGGAGUUGCCGGCGACAAGGAGCUUGCUCGUGUUCCUCUCUUUGCUCACGCUUUGGAGCAUCGCCGUCGACGGCGCGUCGCCAGCUGCCGCCGCGAUGGCGCCUGCGCCGGUGCGGUUCGGCGUGGGGAGCAGGAGCCCGGCCUGCGAUUCCGUGGAGGUCCUGGAUGCGUUCUACCUGAAGCAGCCAAGCUGCACCAACUGGGCGGAGCUGCGAACGAAGGAUUCCUCCGCCGAGGACCUGAUCGAUAAUGCCCAAGUGCCAGCCAUUAUCUGGGGCCCUCAGACGCUUGACAAUGCAGAUCACAUCCCGCAAUUGGCCGACCAGAGCCACAUUCCGGCUCUCUCCUUCAACGGCAGCUAUCCAAUAUUGUGUGCUUUAUGGCAAAAAGAUCAUGUGACAGCUUACCUUACACUUGGAUCAAAUGACAGCAUGGUGUCUUUUUAUCCAAGAACCAAGGAAAUAAACGACAUGAAACUAGAUACAAGAAAUUUAAGAAAAAAUCGGAAAAGUCAGAUGGUGCGGACAGAAUUUGAGGAUAAAGUUUAUCCUAUUUUCGAGAAACAAAAUGUCACCAGAAACAAACAUGGGUAUAAAAUAGUCAAAUCGUUUGCCGACGGAUUUGAUGACCGGUGGUCUAACCUUGCUGGGACCAUAUCUUCGUCCCCUCGAAAAAGAUGUAAAUACAAGAGGAGGGAUAAGCAGGUGGAUUCUGGAGCAGGCGAAGUGACCAUAACCAAAAAAGGCCCUGCCACAGACUUUACAGUGACAUACACCGAGUCUGAUUUGUCUAUGAUUGUGCUCGUCGAAAAUGAACCAAAUACAAUCAGUUGGACAUUUGUAAAGCCACUAAGUAGAAACCUUUGGUUUGCAACCAUUGUCUUCUUCUUCUAUACCAGCAUUGUUGUGUGGAUGAUUGAAAUACCCAAAAAUCAGGAGUACCAAGGAUCAAGUUUGAGACAAUGCACCACUGCCCUCUACUUUGUUUUCUCUACUUUGACGUUUUCUCAUGGUCAAAGUAUUAGAAGCCCCUUGUCAAAAAUUGUCGUGGUAAUAUGGUGCUUUGUAGUGUUGAUUCUGGUACAAAGCUACACAUCAAGUUUGUCGUCUAUGUUAACUGCAAAGAGGCUCCUUCCUUGGGUGGUUGAUCUAGACCAGUUGCAAUACAGUGGUGACUUUGUGGGAUACCAAGAUGAUUCAUUUGUGCGGUCCUUCUUGGUGAAUCGUCAUAAUAUUAGUGAAAGUAGGUUAAAAAACUAUGCAACUAAGGAAGAAUAUGUUGCCUCUUUGAGGAAGGGCUCCAAGAAUGGGGGUGUGUCUGCUAUAGUCGGUGCGAUCCCAUACUUAACUUCUUUCAUCUCUGAUACUCGGUAUAAAAAUAAUUUUAUGAUGCUUGGGUGCAUAUACGAGGCUCCUGGAUUUGGUUUUGGAUUUCGUCUAGGUUUUCCGCUGGUGCGUAACCUUUCAUCUGCCAUCCUGGACCCACCAGAAGGGGUUAGCAAUUCACAAAUGGAAUUGAAAUGCUUCGGCACAACUUCAACAUUGAUGGGCGAUGACAUAGUUCCUAACUUCGGUUUUGCGCCUCUCACUUUACAAAGCUUCUCCGGACUCUUCGUCAUCACUGGAUCCAUUUCAACUCUCAUGAUACUGAUAACCAUUGCGAGAUUGGUUUAUACCAAAUGCAGUAGGUCGAGAAACAUUGACAUGGAAAGCGUCGGGGAUAAUAGUGUUGAGGAGGAUUCCCGUUCGAUGCAGAACGGCGUGGACGACAACUCGAACCCUAACCAACAACUCCUCUACGAAACCGGAGAUGAUAAUUUCCAUGGUGUGCGUGAGGGCGGUGAAAAUGAUGGGGGCGCUCAUUCUGAACCAGUGCAGCAGAAUGACAUGCACGGUAGCAUGGCGCCUGCAGCACACUUCGAGAUUGAAACAAACAAUGUGUGAGUCAAGAAAUGUCUCAGAUGAAGGGAAGCACCGGAUACGAGGAAUGCGAGAGAAGUACUCCAAACCUUGGAAGUACUUCUCUGGUCAUUGAAGUGAUGCUGCACAUGAAACCUUGGACCAAUUAGAAUUAGCUUCUUUCUCUCCUUCCCACUCUUUUCGAGAGAGAAAUUGAUGUUCACUAUGUGAUAUGUGUAUUAACUAUUCAUACUGAUACCGCUAGCUUACGCCUUUGAAGCAAGCGAUGUACUAGAAUUCUCUGAUUCAUUUUAGGUAUAAGCAUAGUCUUCACAUGUAAGCUUGACUCUUACGGUGUAA